AUGAAGAAGCAUAAAAGUAAGCAGAAAAAAACUAGUCGUGAUAGGAAAGAACGACACUCCAAGAAGGGAAAACAUAAGAAACAAAAACAUAAACGUCGUUCUAAAGAAUCAUCGAGUAGCGAUGGGGAGCAGUCUAUGGCUGUGAAAAAAAAGUAUAUGCGUAAUGAUUCUGAAGAUAGCAUAGAACGAGAAAGAAUAAAGGACUCCGAUGCUAUAGAUAAUAACAAAUAUAGGGAUGAUGUAGAAGAGAAUAUAAUAAAAGAUCAUAGUAGAGAUUUCGAUUCAUAUAGCUAUAACAAACAAACAAUUGACAAUUUAGCCAAAGACAAAGUAAUUAUGAAUAAAAAUAAUGAAAACAGUUUAACUGAAUUUGAUAGAAAUGCAUCUAUUAACAUUUCUAAACCUGGCCCAUCGAAACAAACUGUGGAACAUCAUUCGAGAAAACAUGAUAAUAGAAAAGAUAAAGAUGAUUCUGAAAUUGAUAUCGAUUUAGAUUUUACGUAUUUAAAGUAUAAGCAAAGCUUAAAUAAAGCUCUUUCAAGUUAUAAUUUAGUUCAGGAUAAUGAGGAGUUUUGGCUUUUUGUUAAAAAGUAUGAAUUGAUGGAAAAGAAAGUCGGAAAUACAAAUAAAAAUGUUACGCACAGUGUAAAUUCAAUUGGAAUACCAGAAUCUUAUGAUAAGUCUUACUGUUUUAAUUUUUCCCUCGAUUAUCGUAGUAGAGAAUUAUUUACAAAUGUUCAAACAACGAAAGAACUGACUACUGAAAGGCUUUAUAAAUUUAAAGAUAUUAUUACAAGUUACAUGGAUUUUAAACACAAAGAGGUGUUUGAAAAGUUAAGAAAAUUAAGAAGAGAGCAAGCAAACUUACCCGUCGCUCAAUAUAAGAAUGAAAUACUAUAUGCCGUGCACAAUGAGAGAGUUGUUAUCAUUGCCGGGGACACUGGUUGUGGAAAAUCAACGCAAGUACCUCAAUAUCUUUAUAGAGGAGGAUUUAAUAAAAUAGCAUGUACUCAGCCCCGAAGAAUAGCUUGUAUAUCUUUAGCCAAACGAGUUGCCUACGAAACUUUAACAGAAAAUAAGAACGAAGUUGGUUAUCAAAUUAGAUUUGAAAAACAAAAAGGUCAAGAUACAAGAAUAACUUUUAUUACGGAAGGACUUCUUUUAAGACAAGUCUCUGGAGAAGCAGAACUUUCUCAAUAUGACGUUAUUGUUUUAGAUGAGGUUCACGAAAGACACUUACACGGUGACUUUUUACUCGGUAUUAUGAAGUGUCUCAUACAUCAAAGAGCCGAUUUAAAGUUAGUUUUAAUGUCUGCUACAAUUAACAUUGAAUUGUUCAGUAAUUAUUUUGCUAACGAAGAUGUAAAGAUAAUUCAAGUUCCUGGACGAUUGUAUCCUAUUCAAUUACAUUAUAGACCUGUACUUAUUGAAGAUAAAUAUUCCAAGUCUGAGAGAUUUAAUCCUAGUCCAUAUAUUCAAAUUAUGCAAAUAAUUGAUAAGGACUAUCCACCUACUGAAAGAGGUGAUUUACUCAUUUUUUUAAGUGGAAUGAGUGAAAUCACAGCUGUUGUCGAUGCUGCUAAAGAGUACGGUAAAAAAAACAACAAUUGGAUUGUUUUACCUUUACAUAGUACACUUUCUAUAGCAGAUCAAGAUAAAGUGUUUGGUUAUACUCCUGAUGGUGUGCGUAAGUGCAUAGUAUCAACAAACAUUGCAGAAACAUCGAUUACUAUAGAUGGAAUACGAUUUGUAGUGGAUAGUGGAAAAGUAAAGGAAAUGAGUUAUGAUCCUAUCUGUAAAAUGCAAAAACUUAAAGAAUUCUGGAUAAGUAAAGCGAGUGCUGAGCAAAGGAAAGGGAGAGCUGGAAGAACUGGACCAGGAGUAUGCUAUAGACUUUACUCGAGUGACGAUUAUUCAGCUUUUGAAAAAUACUCGACACCCGAGCUACAAAGAGUACCACUCGAUUCAUCCUUGCUCCAAAUGAUUGCAAUGGGCUUACCAGAUCCACGUAAAUUUCCUUUUAUCGAACCUCCGCCAGCAGAAAGCAUUGAAAAUUCUAUAUUAUCAUUGAAAGAGCAUGGCGCUUUAGCAGAAAAUGAAAAAUUAACAAGCAUUGGAAAAACUCUUGCAAGGCUUCCGGUUGAUAUAACAAUUGGAAAAAUGCUAAUUAUGGGUUCUCUGUUCCAUCAGGUAGAACCGGUUCUAUCGUUAGCUGCUGCCCUUAGCGUACAAAGUCCUUUCACUAAUAGAGCUUACAGAGAUCUUGAUUGUGAAGCAUCGAGAAAGAAUUUAGAGUCCGAUCAUGGAGAGCCAGUAACGUUACUAAAUGCGUAUAAAGAAUGGCUUGAAAUAAAGCACACAAAUACUGAAGUACGCUCUGGUAGUAGUACUAGUAAAAAGUGGUGUAAAAGGAGAGGAUUAGAGGAGCAGAGAUUUUAUGAGAUGACGAAACUACGAACUCAAUUUAAGGAUUUACUAGAAGAUUGUAAUUUACUGCAUUCAUCUGAAAUUAAUUCUGAAAUGACAAGUUCUGAGCGAAUUAUGAGGUAUGGAGAGAUGAAACUACUUAGAUCUCUAAAAAGAUCUUAUAAACAAACUGAUUCUAAAAAGAGAAAGCAAUUAAAAUUAGACGAUGAUAAUAUACGAAUAGAGGAUGACAAAGAAGACGAGGAAAUUGAUAUUAAAGAUGUGGAAUUUAGAAUGAAAAAUGAUUUUUCUCAAGUUAGCAAUUUAGUAACAGCUUCAACUGCUUGUAGUUAUAAGGAUUUGAUGAUGCUGAAACUUAUUUUAUGUAGUGGCUUAUAUCCUCAGUUUGCAAUUUCAGAUGAAUUUAAUUAUUGCAAGACUGUGAGCGAACAGCUGUUUCAUACCAAAGUCAAACCAUUUGUUGCGCUACAUCCAAUGGGCUUUUUUGGAAAUCAUCCACAAGUGUUACAACUUGAAGAAUCUGACAUUGUAUAUAUUCCAGGAUAUAAAUCAAAAACUCCCAUUAGUGCUAAACAUCAGAUAUUAGCGUAUUUAUCGCUAUUGGAAACUACAAAACCAUAUUUAGUAAAUACUCUAAGAGUGCCAGCUGCACAAACAUUACUACUUUUUUCUCAAGAAAUUGAUACUAACUUGACAUUUACAACACUUGUUUGUGACUCAUGGAUAUCCUUGGAUUUUCCAACACCUGACAGUGGUGCAUUUCUUUUGUUUAAAGUUGCCAAACUGCGACAAAAGUGGGAUCAGUUAUUAAAUUUACAACUUCAAUAUUGUUCAUCCGAAGAGAAAAAAAAGGAAGAUAUUGACAAUAUUGAAUAUGAAUUGAGUAGGGAGCUUGUCGAUUAUAUGCAUACAUCACUACCAUAUACAAUAAAAAGAUUAUUAACGGCAGAUUUGAAAAAUAUAUAUGUGGGAAAGGAAGAGAACGUCACAAUUUUACAACCGAAUCCAUUUUCAAGUGAUUUUAAAUGUGAACCGCACGAACGAAAAGGUGGUGUACGUGUUACAAAACAAAUUACUUUUAAUUGCCUUGUAGAAAGCGAAUGGAGUGAUAGAAUAGCUUAUGAAAUGAUGGAAACCGAAUGGAAUUGUCAAAUAUGUGACUUCAAAGGCACUUAUUCAGUGAUUGAAAAGUUGCAACAUAUAAAUAGUUGUAAAACAACAAGUGUCACGCAAGACAAUGUAAAAUCAAUGUCGGUAAAAUCAAAAAAGAAAAAUGCCAUUGCUUACGAUUGUCCAGAGUGUGAAAAAACAUUAUAUCUUACACCAACCGACGUCUUAAAACAUAAGAAACAACAUGAGAUAUAAAUUAUAUAAUAAUAUACUAUUUUGUACUAUGUAAUAAAUGUAUUAAA